GAGGCGUUUCAGUCCCCAGAUGGAUUCCAGAAGUCAGAACGACAGAGACGGAGGAGGAGGGGUCCACGGGGGGUCAGUGACUGGAUUGUCAAGUGUGCUGCAUGACGAUGGGAGAUCGCAACAACUCCCUCUGCAGACCACCUAUGGGUCAGAUGUUGGAGUGAACAGUGGGCAGCGGUCACAAACUCCACCACUGCUGUCUCUGGAUCAGAUCAAGAUAACUGGCAGCAGUAAUGAAUAUACAGAUGGGCCCACGGGUGCUCACAGUGCCCAGCAACAGAAGACUGAUUUGGUUAGGACCAGUGGGCAACAGGGGACUCUGGAAGAGAGACAUCAAAACCUCCACAACCUGCAGUCCUUGGCUCAGCAUGGAAGCAUCACGUCUUCCACAGAAGAUGUGUUGCAGUCCUCCAGUGUGGGAGGCUCCCAGAGCAGCAUCAGGACCAGUAAAGACAGCACUAAUUCCAGCCUGAGGCCUCUUAGCAGCCCGGUCAAUGGUGACCAGAUCAUCAGAAUCCAGCCAAAACGCUCGGAGCUGAAUUCGGAGGAGCUGAAACCCCUGAACGAAGAGUUCGGGGUUGUGGCGGUCACGCCGGGCAGCACGAUCACUGCGAACAACAAUAAACACUCCGACAAAUGUGAGGAAUGCGAACGGUGCAAGUGUUUGGAGUGCAGUCGCCCACGGACGCUCCCGUCCUGCUGGAUGUGCGGGCGACGAUGCGUUUGCUCUGCGCACAGCGCUGUGGAGCACUGGACGUGCGCCUGCUGCAUCAAGGGCCUUUUCUACCACUGCUCCAGCGACGACGAGGACACGUGCGUCGACAAACCCUUCUCGUGCUCGCAGUCGCACUGUUGCAUCCGCUGGACGACCAUAUCGCUCCUGACCUUGGUCCUUCCCUGUCUGUUGUGCUACCUCCCGGCUAAAGGGUGCGUGACGUUGUGCCAGCGCUGCUACGAUCGAGCCACGCGGCCCGGCUGCCGGUGCAAAAACUCAUCCGCAUUCCACUAUCACGAAGACGGCAAAACGACGUAGAUCAUGUUGGAGAAACGAUGAACGCACUCCACACUGACUGGACUGAGGAAUGUGUACCGGUAGUUGCAUGAUAGAGCCAUCCACCAAGUGCUUCAAGUUUUUCCUCCGUGUCUAACAGAUGUGUCAGAAGAGUCGUCAACUUUCAAGGCAGGUUGGCCAAAAAAAUCGUCACUAGUUAUGAGUUUCACCUGAAGGGUAAACCAAACUCUGCUCGCUAACAAAAGACUAAUUAUUAAACUACUAUUGAAGAAAAUUCUUCACUUAAGUGCCCUGAUUUUAAUAGAAUCCAAAAUUGUUAAACAUUUUGAGACAAUAUUCUAAAAGCAGACUUCUGUUACUAACCGUAUGCAACGUAGAAAAUAUGUAAAGGGUUUUAUGUUAUAAAAUGUUUUAUUUUUGUAUUCAAAAACUUGAACUGUGAAAGGUUUUCUGCCAUGCCUCCAUAAAAUGCACGUUCCUCUGAAUCGGUCAACUUUCGUUCCAACGUUUGCUGGAAUGUGAAUAACUUUUUUAAACGUAACGUACCAAGAAAAGGUCGUUGCCCUUCGAUUUGUAAACGUGUACAGUGACCUUUUAUGAAAAAUUUUAUUUUAUAAUUCCAACAUUGCCUAGUGUAAAGUUAAAGCUAUAUAUAUUUAUUUGAAGGUUUUAUUAUUUUAAGAAAUUUAAGAUGAAAACAUAUUUAUUUUAAUGGAAAGCGAUAAAGGGUCGUCUCUGAGGCACGAA